AUGAGAAUAUUAGCUUAUGGAGUCUCUGGAGAUUUUGUAGAUGAAUACUUGCGGAUUGCAGAAAAUACAGUAACCAAGUGUUUGAAAAAAUUCGUUAAGGCUAUCAUUGGCAUAUUCUCCCAUGAAUACUUAAGAUCCCCAAAUGAGAACGAUAUAGCUAGAUUGUGCGCAGUUGGAGAUAGUCGUGGGUUUCCUGGGAUGUUAGGAAGUAUUGAUUGCAUGCAUUGGAAAUGGAAAAAUUGUCCAAGUGCUUGGAAAGGAAUGUAUUGUGGUCAUAUUCACGAGCCAACUAUAAUUUUAGAAGCUGUAGCGUCAUAUGACCUCUGGACAUGGCAUGCAUUUUUUGGAUUGCUAGGCUCCCAUAAUGAUAUUAAUGUCCUAGAACACUCUUCUGUUUUUAGUGAGCUUGCUGAAGGACAUGCUCCAAAGGUCAACUACUCAAUAAAUGGAAAUGACUAUUCGAUGGGCUACUAUCUUGCUGAUGGUAUAUAUCCUUCAUGGUCGACGUUUGUCAAAACAAUUUAUGCUCCACACGGCCGUAAAAAUAAACAUUUUGCAGCAACUCAAGAAUCAGCAAGAAAAGAUGUAGAACGAGCUUUUGGAGUGCUUCAAGCUCGAUUUGCUAUUGUACGUGGACCGGCACGAUUUUAUGAUCGACAAACACUUAAGGAGAUGAUGAUGGCAUGCAUUAUUUUGCAUAAUAUGAUCGUAGAAGACGAGCGACAUACUUAUCUUCGAGUAGAAGACUUUGUUUAUGAACAAAGCGAUGAAAUAACCGAAGAGCCUGUGUCCCAUGAGCAUACAAAUGAAUUUGUAAACUUCAUUCAACGCCAUCAUCACAUUCGAGAUCGAGGAAUUCAUUUUCAACUUCAGUCGGAUCUUAUUGAACAUUUAUGGGAAAUAUAUAGUAAAUCUUAA